UCUCCCCCAGGUGAACUCGAAGCGGGUGAGACAAGCGCUCGCCCACGUGGAGCAAUAUAUCCAAUCGUGUUGCCAUGACGACCUCGAUUCCCCCCCGCCCACGACGCUGCGAGAUCAUGAAUGGGAUGGACUUCUCGCCGCCCACUACAGGAUCGUGCACAUGGACAAGAAGAUUAAGAUUUCGUCGCAGUCUCAGUUGCAGACCCUCGUGAAGGAAUGCGAGUCGGCCCUCCGUCGCGUCGAGCCGUUCUGGCCACAGCUAGCGAUGGACGGCCUGAGGAACCUGUGGAUAGUGAAACCAGGAGCGCAGUCCAGAGGGAGGGGGAUCUUCAUGAUGAACCACCUGGAGGAGAUCCUGUCGCUGGUGCAGUCGCCGCUCAUUUACGAGACCAAGUACGUCGUGCAGAAGUACAUAGAGCGACCACUCUUGAUCCACAACACGAAGUUCGACAUAAGACAAUGGUUUAUGAUCACGGACUGGAAUCCCCUGCACGUCUGGGUUUACAAAGAAUGCUACCUCCGCUUCUGCUCGCAACAGUACGACCUCACCAACAACAACGAGGCAAUCCACUUGAGCAACAAUGCGAUUCAGUGCAAGUACCUGAAUGGGGAGCGAAGCGGAGAGCUUCCGGAUGAGAACAUGUGGGAUUGUUAUCAGUUCAAGGAGUAUCUCAGAAGUCUGAAAAAGGAGAAAUUCUGGGACGAGGUGAUAUACCCCGGGAUGCGCGAUGCUCUCGUGGCGGCCAUGUUGGCUGCGCAGGUCGAGAUGGACACGUUCAAACACGGGUUCGAACUGUUUGGCGCCGACUUCAUGCUCACGGAGGAUUUGAGACCUUGGCUCAUCGAGAUCAACUCCUCUCCCUGCAUGGCCUCCACCACCAGCGUCACGAAGAGAAUGUGUGCACAGUGUCUUCAGGAUGUUAUUAAAGUCGUGGUGGAUUACAAGCACAACAAAACGGCAGACACGGGUCAGUUCGAGCUGGCAUACAGGGACAGCGAGCGAUCAGUGCCAAACCCACCUUACCUUGGAGUCAAUCUGCAGGUGGUAGGUCGCCAGAUCAAGAAGGGCCCCGUGAAGGUCGAGAAGCGGAAGCCGAAGAAGGUGCGGCCGGCGGAGCGUCUGGUGAAGCCGUUGCCUCUCAUCACGCUGUCCCUGGAGGAGGGCGCUCACUACGGCCCCCGCGAACACGCCCUUCCGCACCACCACCCCCACCCGCGGGAGACCCCAGGGGCGUUCGCAAGGCGCUGCUACCUCCUCGACUGCCGGAGGUACGCGGCCGGAGGCGCGGGAGGCUCGGCGACGCCCGGAGGCCCCGGGAGCGCCCCCGUCCUCGCGCCGAUCGCGUCCGAGGAGGAGCCCGGCGAGCGGGGCACGAGCGCCGACAGCUCCGUGUCGGUCAUCGUCAACUGCGAGACUCCACCUCCUGCUCCGAUACCGCCGCCGCUCCCCCCCGACGAGGACGGGCGGCGGGCGGCGAGGGAGAAGGGCGAGGAGAGCGCCGCCGAGGACGCGUCGGCCGAGGGAUCCAGCUCCUCCUGGAGCUCCAUAUCCAGGUCGGAGAGCGAAGCCACGACCGCCUCGCGACCCAGCUCUUGCGACUCGUGACCUGCUCCGACGUAGGUCCGAGUUCGGCGGAGGCUGUCGGCAUUCGUCGGAGGUCGUCGAGGGCUGUCGGAACUCGUUGGGGAUUGUCGGAGACUGUCGGGGUUCGUCGGAGACUGUCGGGAUUAGUCGGAAACCGG